GCUUCUUUGGUUUCCUGUAUCCUUUCCAAUUCCAUCACCGUACCCGUAUACAACUUAAGAACCGCAGCAAUGGCCAGCAGUCAGGACCACUCCAUCAUCAGCGUCGAGUACAAGGGGCGCUAUGCCGUCAUCACCAUCGAUAACCCGGCCAAGCUCAACGCCAUGGGCGCCGCCGACUACUUUGAGCUGUCUCAGGCCCUGCGCCAAAUCGACACCCACGAUGAAGUCUUUGUGACUGUCAUUCUAGCCAAGGGCCGCUUCUUCUCUGCUGGCGCCGAUGUAAGCAUCAGCCGUGCAGCACCGGCAGACGCCGACGAGAACACCACAUACCGCUUCUGGCUGUCCAACUUUGUCGCCAAUAACCUCAACGUCACCGACGCCUUCUCUAAGCACUCCAAGAUUCUUGUUAUCGGCCUCAACGGCCCCGUGGUGGGCCUGUCUGCCGCGCUUGUGUCGUUUGGUGAUUUCAUCUAUGCGGCACCUCACGCCUUCUUGCUCACUCCAUUCUCCUCUAUUGGUCUUGUUACCGAGGGCGGUGCCUCGCGGGCGCUUGUGCAGCGUCUGGGACCUGCGAAAUCCAUGGAGGCUCUGGUCAUGAGCAAACGCAUCUAUGCGCCGGAGCUGGAGCGUGCUGGUUACGUUAAUGCCAUCUUUGACGAGGGCGACGACGUCAAGUUCAAUGCUAGAGUGCUCAAGGAGGUCGAUGAUAGACUGGGCGAUCACUUGAACGGUGACAGCUUGACGGGCAUUAAGAAGCUCAUUCGCGGACCGGAAAGAGAAAUCAUCGAUAACCAGAAUGUUAAGGAGGUCUUUGCUGGCCUACAGCGUUUCCUGAAGGGUAUUCCCCAAGAGGAGUUCCGCAAGCUGGCUACGGGUGAGAAGAGACAUAAGCUGUAAAUAGGUAGUUUUGAUACUUUCAUCAUUAAUCACGUUAAACUAGUUUUAUAUGCUUUUGAUCUAUCGAUUUUUCUAUAGUUCAUGCGUCUGUAAAUAGGCCAAAGAGCAUGCUGAUGCGCUGCCAGUAUGCGCUUGUUGCUUUGGUAAUGCGCUUCUUCUGCGCCUCGUCGUCAAGUUGUGUUCGUUUGUAAAUGCUGCUAACAAGCUUGUCGAAUUCGUCCGAAGAUCCCAGGCUUUCCUGUAACAGACUGGCAUCGAAGAGCCACUGUGUGCAAAGCUCGGGGACGUUGACGGAUGCCGCGGGCUUGGUGCUGUCGGAAGUUGGGGAUGCAUCGUCGGUACUACCGGUGUCUGAAUCUUCAAUCUUGGUCAAUUCUGAUUCCCACGCGGUAACAAGCUUGCUAAUAAGCUGGGACUUGAGGAUCUUGGUAGCAGAUGGAGUCCAGAGGUCAAUACCAGUAUCAGACAUCUUCAUCGACAUGCUGUGAAGCAAGUUGAAGGUAUCAGGCGAAGGCUGCAUUGGUAGCGCUGGCUCGCCGUCCCAGAGACUGCGACAUUCCACGGUUCUAUUCGGUAGGCCACUUUCCAAAAAGUCCUUGGUACCUGACGAUAUAACGGCGGAGGCUACUGAUGCCUGCAGCGGCGCCACAAUAUCGUCACAAAAGUUCGAGAUGACGGGUCGCUCUGGUAACUUUGUCCCUAUAUCGCGAAUGACGCGGAGUAGAUAGGCAGCCACGGCACUGGCAUCUUUAUCAUUCUCUUUGCACGCCCAAACUUCGCUAAGCUGCGUUGCAAGCGCUUUGUAAGAACUUUCGAGUGUUUUAUCCAUCCUGUCUUGUAGAAGUUUAGGGUCGUCUUUGCUCAAGGUCUGUUGCCGGCUCUCUAAGGUAUCCUCGUCUUCGACCUCGUCAAAGUCGUUAUCCCAACGCUGCUUUGUUAAACCUUCCAACUCAGUUUUAACCUCCUGAACGGCAUUGAACCAAGCAAGAUAACUGUGGAACGCUUUCGAGACAGAGUCAUUACGCCCAUAUAACCUUGAGAUGACUUCUUCCAAGAAAGUUGUUGCUCCUUGUUCGAGUGCUUGCUCGUAGCCGUCACGAGUCCAGAGGCCAGCCUGUUUCCCUGUGAUACCAAUCUGCCAAUGUUCAAGUGUUGAGUGAAUUUCUGACCCAACCAGGUGCAGUUUGGAUGCUUUGGCUUCGAGCAUAUGUAGCAUCCUGCCGUUCAAAGUCUCGCGAAUUUCGUCAAGGAGUUCUUGAGGAUCAAAGCCUUUUGCCUUGCUGCCGUUUCGAAUCCAGAGUUGCAAGACAUCUCCUCGGAGUUUUAUGAUAGCUGUAAAAUCCGAGAUGCUGUCAGUUGUCUCCUUGAGACCGUUGAUGAAAUCUUGCGAAGCAGCCUCCGCCCAUUUCAAAAGUGCUUCUCGAGCUGUUUUGCCAUCUAGAUCGUCAUGUCGAAUAAACGGCGUGUAGAAUUGAAUCUCUUCACUGCACCAUGAUUCGUACAAGUCCAGACGGAGAGUGUUGAGUUGCUUUAAUGUUGUGUCGGCGAGGAGACGGUUCUGCUUCAAUGCCACAAGGGCCUGUGGAAGAGUCGUUGGAAGAAGCGCCUGUACAUCCAAAAUUGUUCGGAUAUAGAGCUUCAGCGCUAGUAAAGUGUUUUCUGGUGUUUGUGUUCGCUCGCCUUCUUCAGUGUCAAAAGCGGCUUUGAUGGAUUUGCCUCGCACAUCUAGAAGAUAACGCAACGCAUCCUUGGCGCCGGAACUUGAUGCAACGCUUCUAGCGCAUAAUGCUUUGAGAAUAUCGUCUCUGUCAGAAUCUUCGCUGGGAUACUCCAGUACCUUGUCAAUGCCACGGCGUAGCUUCCAGCGCAGUCGCUCAAUGGUAUUCUUCGCCGCAUCUGUGGUCUGCGCUACUCGCUUGUCGGAUACACCAUCUUGUAAGCUUGCAGUUAGAAGUCGACCGAGUGUCAAAAGCUUGGAAGAAAGCAAAAGACGGUCGCCGACGCUUUUCUUGCCCAGGCCACCACAGCCUUGAAGAGUAGUGUCCGCCGCAGAGACGCAAUCAUUCAAGAGUUUUGUCCGCGCAACCACGGACAUUUCUGGUCGAGACUGCUGCUUCUUGAAAUGUUUCAAACUCUCCGACUUAUUCGUCACGAUCGUACGACCGCAUUUGCCGCCCAUUCUGGCUAACAGCUGCUGUACAUUGUCGUUGUCCUCCUGCAUCUGGACAAUCGCAUCGGCCGUACCCAGCAGCUCACGGUACGAGCUGCCGACCUGAGUCCGCAAGCGACUGGAAAUUUCAUCGAUGUGCGAUCGUAUGAUAUUAUUUAUCGUUCGGAUUUGCGGCAGGGUGUUUGUGCCAGAGAAGAUGUUUGCCGACGUUGUCAGGCUGGACACGUCAACCUCGGGGGUCGCCAUUGUAUCGGCUGCUACCGGUUGGCGUGCGUUUAGAUUGCAAUGGAUACUGUCAUGUGCUGAUUUGAGUCAUCAAUGACCGAUUUUUCUGCUUUGUUUGCAAGCGAGCGCAUCGGUCGGGGGGGAGGUGAGUGUAUGUUGUAG